UAGACGAGGCACAUCUUCAGACUGGGCAUUGACCAGCACAGAGUUGUUGGGACCCCAACUGAAAAGAUGGUUGGACUGAGAAACCGCUCCACGUGGGAACCUUUGCUGCUCAAGUCCUCCUGCAUCAAAUCCUGCGCCAUUGGCUGCUCCCUGGGCAUCACGGCGCACCUCACCUAUGCCAACGCAGACAAGGAGCCUGUUGAAGGUGUGUUUGUGUACCCUCUUGGAGAAAAAGAGGUGGUGGUGGGCUUUGAAGCCACAAUCGCAGGACGCCAGAUGGGCGUUCAGAUCCAGAACCGAGGGAAGCUGAAGGACUGCUGCUUGGACUGCUGCCCGGGUUCUGGUCCUGACGGCCGGGAAUGGAACUGCUGCGGGAGCUCCGGUCUGGACAUGCAGUGCACCAAUGGACAUCUCAUUCUGGACGAAGACCUGGAGAGAACCACCUUCAUCGUGGGCACAGGGGUCAUAGGUCCCAUGGAUAUUGUUUCCAUCAUCAUGAAGACCACACUGGAACUUCCUACAUUAGAAAAUGGAGCCAUCCGCAUUGUCUACCCGACAAUCCUGACGCCCGUCGUCACACACAUGACCACAAGCAAGAGUGAAAACGGGGGGAAAUCCGAAGACACCGGACCAACCAGCUGUUUUGGUGCCACCUCGGGAAAACAGGACCGGGUUCUAGAUACACAGCAGCAGUAUUGUGCCCAUGCCAUCUUCACACGUCCAGCAGCAAAUUUGGCUCCUUAUGAACUCAACUUUCAACUGCUGGUCCGAGGGGCCUGUCUGCUGGCCGGACUGGAGAGCCCCACUCACGCCCUGAGGGCCGAUGCUGACCCCAGUGCCCAAAGUGCCUCCAUCACCUACAUCACCUUAGCGCAGGAGCAUCCCUAUGACCGACACAUAGAGAUCAUUCUGCACCUCAGCGAACCACACAGCCCACUGGUCAUCAUAGAGAAGGGCAGGCUCUCCUUCGGCCAGUACGGACAGCACAUUCACUCUCGACGGGAUUUCAUCCGCUGCACCCGCAAAGAUCCCCAACCAGAGAAAAAGGUGGAGUUUGUGAGGAAGCGCUACCACAAGGACAUUCUCAACAACCCAGUGUUGAUGCUCAACUUCUGUCCUGAUUUGUUGGGGGAGCCUCUGGAGCUGAACAAAGCAAACAGAGAAAUCAUGUUCCUGGUGGACCGCAGCGGCAGCAUGAGCGGCGCCAACAUGCGUCGGGUGAAGGAAGCAAUGGCGGUCGCGCUAAAGAGCCUCCCUGCAGGCACCUUGUUCAACAUCGUCGGCUUCGGCACCAACGUCAAGUCUCUGUUCACGGCCAGCAAGCUCUGCACCGACGUCACGCUGAUGCAGGCGUACGAGUAUGUCCAGAAGAUGAGAGCUGACAUGCGAGGCACCGACCUGAUGGGGGCGCUGUCCUGGGUGUACCAGCAGCCCAUGCAGCAGGCGUACCCUCGCCAGGUGUUCAUCAUCACAGACGGGUCCAUCAGCAACGUGGGCAACGUUUUAGAGCUGGUCCGGAGGAACACGUGCGCUGGCAGAUGCUUUGGCUUAGGUCUGGGUCCCCGAGCCUGCAGGCGACUCCUGCAGGGCGUGGCCAAGCUGACAGGAGGCACCACAGAGACUUUGGAAGAUGGGGAACGACUUCAGCCAAAGCUCAUCAAGUCACUGAAAAAGGCCCUUGAACCUGUGCUGACUGAUGUGCGGAUUGACUGGUACCUGCCCGAAAAUGUGGAGGCCCUUCUUUCCCCAAAUGAAAUACCUCCCCUCUACCCGGGGAAUCGCCUUAUUGGUUACUGCACGCUGUAUGACAUGACAACAUUUAAUGCCAAGUGUCAAGAGCGGGCCUAUAAAGGUACACGUAAUGCCUCCAUUGGCUCGGUUUUUUGCCAGUCGAAUGAUGAGACCUCGCCUCCUACUUCGGAACUCAUGCCUGCAGCUGCCUGCUCGGAAGGUAAUGACUUGGAGGAGGCGCUGAGGGAGAUCUCCAGAGAGAUCUCCUAUGAGUUUUCCUGUGCCAAAGAUGCUGACCCCACAGGCUGGUCCAGUGAUGUUCGGAAAAGGAUUCAGGAGAGCUCCUACAUCCAGGAGCAGUAUGUCCUCACCCACUGCUCCCUUAGUAGCGAGCGCAGUCCUCCUACGCACGUGCAGGCCUCGUCAAGUUCGGACAAUACGAGCAGGGCCUGUCCGCCUGACCCCAUUGACUCCGCUCCGCUGCUGGACACGGGAUCUUUACCACAAGGUCUUGAGAAGAUGCCCGCUCUAGAACCGAGAUCGUCUUUGUCUCGCUGGGCUGACUCAGAAUGGCAGGAGAACCUCUCAGCUGAGAGUCCGCACGGCAGCAUGAAAAAGAGUUGUACUGAAGAACCUCAUUGGAGACAAAAAUCGCUGGCCCGUUCAACCAUGGCAGCACGAAGCUUCUCAUCGCCGCAAGGUGAGAUGGAGAUGCAUCGCCUCAGGAGAGCUCUGGAGAGGGUCUCCUUCGACCAAACUCUGGGAGGGAGGCUGGAUGAAAGUGACGGAGAAUCAAAGCCAGCAGACGUACUGUCCCACAGAAGCCUGAAUGAUUCCAGCGGACUCCUUUUUCCCGCCUCUCCUCUCGACUGGGAUAACUUCACAGACCCAGAGUAUCUUUUCACUGCCGUCUCUUUGGAGGAUCCUCCACCGGGUCAAUGUCGCUCACUCAUUCACGGGCUUCUAGGAGGCAGACCCGUGUCCUGGGAGGUCACCGUCAACCUGAGCCACCUCUGGGUGCCUGAAGACAAGAGUGCCACAGUGGUGGGAAGUGGAGGAGGAAGUGAAAGGGAAUCUUGGGAGGAGAUCGUUCACCAGCUCACCGCUCGCUCCGUCAUAAGAGACUUUGAGAAAAUGGCAGAGCGGGAGAACCAAACAGAGCACGGUUCAGCAAAGCGAUACCGUGUGAAGGCUAUCCAGACCAGCAAGCAUUGCAGUGUCACCUGUAUGUACACGGCCUUCACCAUCCUUGACAGCAACCCCAACAGAGGCUUCCAGGAAAGUAUGGAUGUCCAAAACACAGGUACACUUGUGAGGAGCAGUGGCCGGUCGCACUCAGGUAGUCGCAAGCAAAAAACCUACUCUGUAGGUCUGGGCAGACGACCUGCCAGUGGAGACUGUGAGGAGGUUGAGGACACAUUUAACUCUACAGACAGAGAUGACACCCCUACCUCACCUCAAAGCCUUACAUCCUGGGACUCCAAUGUCGGGGGCAAUGCCCCCAGUACUGCUGCCUCAGCAACAACGGGCCCCUCGUCCACACGUUCUCAGAGAUCUAUAGAGAGCAAGUCAAUGGAGAGCUUCUUUGGCACGAGGUUUCCGCUUGGCAGACUCAGAUCCUCUAUUUCAUCAGGAAGACAGGUUCCUCUCAAGUCCCACUGCCUCUCUGCAGAGACUGAGAAACAACCUGAUAAUGAAGCAUCAGACUACCUGCCCCUGGUUCGCCUGCAGCUAGCUUCAGGAGCUUUUCUCCUCACAGAGCUCUACGCCGACUGCGUCCAGAUCUCUUUAGACCGCCUAAAGAGGGCCUCACCCUACACCCUGCAUAGACGCAGCCUCAGCCCACCUUUCCGCUGCCCAUCUCCCAGCGCUCCAUCUUUGUCCUCGGCCGCUAAAACCCCCGCUAGUCAUCAUGUCACCUUCUCACCAUCGUCCUGCUCCCUCGUCAAAACAAACGCGCCUCCUUUUCACCACACCCCAGACGACAUCCCACUGAUGCUGGAGCCAAGGCUUCGCAGAAGACACCUGUCCGACCGAGAUCCUGUCACCUUGUCUCCGGACCUCCCCAGCUCCGAGGAAGGCUCCCUCGAGCUACCGAGCGGCAAUUCGCCAGGCCUGAGCCACGGCCAAGCCGACAGCGGUCGCGGGUCAGAAACAGACAUGUGUGAGGGCUCGUCGCUGGAGCUGGCCUACCUCCAAGUGAGCAGCCAAUUGGCUCAAGAUGACCUGGAGGGCUCGAGCUGGGCAACGGCAGUGGCCCUCGCUUGGCUGGAGCAUCGCUGUGCCGGAUACUUCAUGGAGUGGGAGCUGCUGGCUGCAAAAGCGGACUUCUGGCUGCGAGGUCAGGAGCUGCCAGAGGGGAUGGACCUGGCUGGGCUGAGGGGGGCCGCCAGACAGCUGUUUAUGCUGCUGCGCCACUGGGAUGAGAACAUCAAAUUCAACAUGCUGUGCUAUAACGCCAACAACAUGUGAGACAAUCACCUCUGGAAACUGAGCCAAAUGCAAGUGCCAUUAUUGAGUUAAAUCUGCCAUUUUGUUAAACAAUUCCGCUUUUAUGCAGUUAUCUUAAGAAAUGGCCUCAUCUUACUUUGCCAAAUCAUUAAGAGUCAAAGUUAAACAGUCCGUCCAAUUUUGAUAUAGGAGCGCCAAAUUUGUAUAGUGGACUUUUUUGUUUGCAAAAAUAAACUAUAAUAUGGGAACUUGACUACUUGUGGUGUCCGCACAAAAAGGGAAACAAACAACCCCUGUUGUAAGUAGCAUUUAUAUUUAUUAUAAAACGUCACAUUUUUCACUUUUC